AUGAUGUCGCUGUCUGAUUCCACGCUCGUGAAGCUCAAGGUCUCGAGCGAGGCCCGCCAGGCGGAAGAGAACCGCAUCGACCAGCGCAAGCGCAACUUGAUGGUGCUUAUCCUGGACCAUCUGCAGACACACGGCUAUCUCGACACCGCCGAUCGGCUCCAAAACGAGGCCAACAUUUCCGCCAGCAAGGUCACCGCCGCCGACAACAUCGAUCUGCUCAACAUCCUGCAGGAAUAUGAGUCGUUCUAUGUCAUCAAGUUUGGCCGCCCACCCAAACUCACCCGCAAAGUGGCCUCCGACGACCCAAAGCGACGGACACCCCCGCCGCAGCGUCCAAAGCCGACCUUGGACGAUCUGCCUCGCUAUCGCAACCAGAGCGAAGAUGGAGCCGGGAGCGCCUCGUCGGCUCCUCUCCCAAAGAUCGGAACUGGCUCGCGACAGAGUCUGCGACAGGAUCCGAAAGACAAGGCACGAUCUGGCCCACCUUCUUCCAAGAAGCCUGAGGGCACCAGCGAGUCUGGCCUCGACGGCGUGGUCGGGACAAUGGCAACGAUGACUAGUCACAAAAAGGACAAGGACGCUCCGAUGCCACAGCCGACCAAGGAGGCGCCCGACGACGAUCUCUAUGCCGAUAAGCUCCUGAAACCGCUCCCAGACUUUGGCGGCUCCGAGUUUCGGGAGCUUGCCACCAUCAUCACUCGCGAUAUUUUCAUGCAAAACCCCAAUGUGCGAUUCACCGACAUUGCCGGUCUUUCAGACUCAAAGCGACUGCUGAAGGAGGCAGUGGUCUAUCCAAUGCGCUAUCCAGAACUAUUUACAGGGCUGCUGACACCGUGGAAGGGCAUUCUGCUCUAUGGGCCGCCUGGAACAGGAAAGACCAUGCUCGCCAAAGCAGUGGCAACAGAGUGCCGUACCACGUUCUUCAACAUAUCGGCGUCCUCGAUCGUCAGCAAGUGGAGAGGGGACUCUGAGAAACUCGUCCGGGUGUUGUUUGAGCUUGCACGAUAUCACGCGCCAUCAACCAUAUUUCUGGACGAAAUCGAGAGCAUCAUGAGUCAGAGAACGAGCGACGGCCAGGAACAUGAGGGCAGCCGCCGCAUGAAAACCGAGCUGCUGAUCCAGAUGGAUGGGCUCGCCAAAACCAACAGCCAGAUCUUCUUCCUCGCCGCGACCAAUAUGCCGUGGGAUCUGGACGUUGCCAUGCUGCGUCGACUGGAAAAGCGGGUAAUCGCUGGCCACGAUCCGUCCGGGGCUCAUGUGUUCAAGACCCGACACUCUUCCAAGCCAAAGUUUGGGCACACACUGCCUCUGACACUCGUCGUCGUCCCUCCAACACAGAUUCUCAUCGACUUGCCAGACCCCUCCGCACGCGCGACCAUGUUUCGCCACUACUUGCCAUCGGGGCAGCGGGACAGCUUUGACAGCUUGAUCGUGUCCGAAUCGCUCGACUACGAAAGUCUGGCAACGCAGACAGAUGGAUACUCUGGAUCCGAUAUCAGGCUGGUGUGCAAAGAAGCUGCGAUGCGACCGCUGCGGCUGCUGUUUGAGCAACUCGAUACCGACGGAAACAAGGAUGAUUCAAACUCAUCCACAAGUACAUGCCAGAGGGCGGAUUUUUACAAAUUAAGAAGACCGAUUGAGAUGGAGGACGUCGAGCUUGCAAUCCAGUCCACCAAGUCGACCUCGACCGAAAAGCUUCAGGGGGCAUAUGAGCGCUGGCAGAAAGACUUUGGCUCUGUUUGAGGACCACUCAUGCGAGCACGCGGGACGGACCCAUCCCAUCAUGGAGCGGGCCCAUCUCAUAGAUAGUGCGGACUCAUCUCGGCAUGCAAUACAUGAGCACUCGACCGAU